AGGACGGUCGUCUGUCCCUGCCAGACUUGUGUUUGGGGGCCGUCCGCUGGGAGAAAAAGAGAUCUAUCCUACUGGCAUGUUUAUCUGCUACAGCGAUGGGCUACACCAUCCCUUUUGCUGCCCUUAUGAAGAGCAACACUCGAUUCACGCCAGUCAAGAGAACUACGAACUUCCUCUCUCUUCCCCCAUUUCCCGUUCUCUUUUCCCUUUGCUUCAACUUUCUUUUAAUCUUCUUCAUCUUCUCUGUUAGCAAUGAGUUACUUUCUUAUGCUCAGCAAGUCUCACGGCGAAGGGCUGCUCUCUCGAUACCAGAGCUUGAGGCAAGAUGGUCGAAUGUGCGACAUCAUCCUGGAAGCUGAAGGCAAGGAGUUCCCAGCUCACCGCACCUUGCUAGCCUGCUCCAGUGACUACUUUUGGUCACUAUUCCAAGAGCACACCUUGGAGUCCAAGGCUCAAACGGUCUGUCUACCAGCUGUGUCCUCAACUGGCCUCGAACUGGUGUUGGACUUCAUUUAUACCUCAUGGAUCUCACUAUCUUCCUCCAAUUUGGAGGACACACUGGAAGCUUCCUGCUACCUGCAGGUUACCCAUGCUUUGGAUCUCUGCACUGAGUACAUCUCGAAUAGCCUCACUUUGGAUAACUGCUGCUUUUUUGCCAAUGUGGCUGGCCGGUACAGCCUCUCAGAAGCACUUGCCAUCACUAAUAGUUUUAUUGCAAGACACAUGGCAGGACUCCUGGGUCCCAAUGGGGACAGAUCUGGACUGCUAGAGCUAAAUCUUGACUCUUUUCGAGAGGUGUUGGGAUCAGACAAGAUACCAGGGGUUAAGGAGACAGCAUUGCUACAGCUUGCUCUGGAUUGGAUAUCUUGCAACACUUUACCUGCUUUGGAAAGUAACUCUUUACUCAGUCGUAUACGAUUUGGCCUGGUGCCUCCUGAAGAUCUUAACCAGCUGCGUUCUCAUAACCCACCCCUACGCACUCCUUUUAUCUACAGCUUGAUAGAGAAAGCCUUGCAUUACCACCUGCAGGUCCCUCUCCAACCUCUAAAUCAGAGUGUCCAUACAAGUUUGAGGGCCUCAACUAACAUGGUGCUCCUGGUGGGAGGAGGUGUAGAAGCAGACCGACCACAGACCCAAAUACAGAGCUACAAUCCAGACAGCAAGAUGUUGCAAAUGUUGCCCGUUAACAUGGCGAAAAAGCUCCAGCAUCAAGGAGUAUGUGUGGUAGGAAACUUCCUCUUUGUGCUUGGAGGAGAGGUUGUGGAAGUGGAUGGGGAGAAUGAGAAGAUGGCAGUAAUGACGGUGUCUGACCAAGUGUGGCGCUACGACCCUCGGUUUCAACACUGGGAGGAGAUGGAGCCACUCUUACAAAAAAGGGCACAGUUCUCCUGCUGUGUGGUGGAGGGUGUAAUCUAUGCCAUAGGAGGACGAGGCCAGCGAGAAGAGCCCACCCUUUCCUCAGUUGAGAAGUACAACAUGUAUGCAGGGUGCUGGAGAAGUGGUGUGUCUUUACCUUACACUGUCCAUGGACAAGCUUGUGCCACAAUUGGUAAAGGUAUAUACAUCUCUGGUGGCAUCCAUGGCAGCCAAACUGAAAGUAGCAAGGAAGUGUUGUUUCUUAACACCUGUGAUAAUGAUGUCUGGGUAAGACGCUCUGCUAUGUCUAUAGCCAGAUUUGGUCAUCAGAUGGCAGCCGUAAAGGGGAAACUCUACGCCUUCUUAGGGAUGUAUGAGCCAUUUUGUGACAUUGAAUCCUACGAUCCUAAAGAAAAUCAGUGGACCAGACUGAAACCUCUCCUGCAAGAUCGCUUCUGCUACGGUUUGACAGUCACUCCAGGCGGAUGUGUAUUGAUGUUCGGAGGUAGGCAGUGGCGAGAUGGACAGGAAGUGUGUAGUGAUGUGUUGGAGUACGACCCUGAAUAUGACAGCUGGAGAAAAGUGUAUAAGCUGCCGCAACCGUUAUGCGGAACUCAAUGUGUCCAAAUGAGUCUCCAAGAACUUAUAGAGACAUAGCAAGAAAAAAACAACAAUCAUUUCCAAAUACACAUAGAAGAGCUUUUGCGUAGCCUAAGUUUAUAACAAGAUAUGGGGUUGUUCGAUCGGUAUUUACUUUUCCAGAGUUGACUUGUGGAGUGAAAAUCUUGCUGAUUUAUACAAGCAGCCUGGAUUUUGACCUUCAGGGUAGUGAAUCAGAAGAAUCUUGGCACAGGAGGCACCUGUAUUGUAAAGAAUAAGAAGAGAAUGACAGCAAUGGGAGGUCUUACUGACAGUGUGAAGAAAGAGUCCCACGAGUUCUAGAGUUUGCCAUGUUUCAAAAAAAUUAAUCCACAGCAUGGAAUGAAAAUGGACACAGAUCAAACAUGGUGUGUAAUAUGGACCUUCUGAAGCAGGUGCAUAUAUGUAUGCAUGUAUGUAUUUUUGGCCUGAAACACAAACUGGAGACUUGCUAGAACAGAUAAAAGAACAGCCGAACAAAAGGAAGUGAAUAGAAUAAAAAAAAAAAAAACGUUUGAACCAUAAAAUAGUAUUGAGAGCAAGGUAUUUAAAAGCACUUUAAGUUAAUUAAAGGUCUCUGAGUGUGUGUGGGACGGGAAUAAUGAAGAGGGGGAGAUUUUGUUCUCUCAAAUACAAAACACAAGUCAAAACUCAACAACUGCCUGGGUGUGGAGCACGUUUUCCACUGUUUUCCAUGACCUGUGUAAUGAAAAAUGUACUACCAAAUGUUAAGUACGAUACACUCCGUAUUUUGCAUGUUUCAUUUAUUUGAGCCAUGUAAUAAAAAGCUUCCUAUACUGAGCAAAACGAUUGUAGUCUGAAAAAAGCU